UACGGUAGAAAUUUCAAAUCGGCGCGCAUGUGUGCUAAAAAAAUAAAAAUAUAAAACAAAAAAAGUAUUUUUUUUUGUUUAUUGCAAAUUCUUGCCUUUAGUUUAUGAGAGUUUUAAACUUUAAAACAAAAAGGUCUAAUAUAAAUAUUGAAUAAAAGUGCUAUCAAUAUAUCCAUCAAGUGAUCUUAAAGAUCUUUCUAAGUGUUAAAUGGGCUUUGGCCCAACAAAUUAAGUGUACAAAUCAGUGCUAGUUUAUUGCAAAAUUAUUGCUAAAAUCAUCAAAAAAUUGAGUGUGCUUUAAGUGAAUUAUAAAGAAAGAAAGAAUCCAUCGGAUAUCGUCCAUCGUCAUCACUUUGCCACGAUCAUCGAAUCCCAUCACAUCCAGGAGCGUUCAGAAAAUUGGAUUAAAUUGAUAUUGAGAAACGACUCUACAAUCGAUCCCACAGUUUUCCAAUCGGAAAAACAAGAAAAAGAAAGUGCCGGCUUUGAAUCAACUUAUAUCUUUCUUAUCGUUGGUGGUGCCUUGAACUUGAAAACAAAAAAAAAUAAACUUUCAAUUAAGAAAGAGAAAAGUAUUUUCGUCGUCGUGUUUAUGUUAUUAUAUUUAUUUUCUUAAACAAUAUCUAAACGUCAAAAUUGACACAUCAAUGUUAACGACUACAGUGAGACGGUUAAUAAACUUAACGAAAGAGAAAGUAUCAUCAUCGAGUGACUAAGAUUAGUACAUUGAUUGUUGAUGUCAUUUUUAUGUUGGAGAAGAAGCUAAUAAUAGGAAGAAAAUAUGGAACACUUGGAUUUGGCUGGUGUCAUAACGACUCCAUCAUCAAAUUGGCAUUUACCGGCAUUCGAACCAACGCCAUUCGAUCAGCAAGAUGCAAUCUAUUUAUCAUCAUCGCGUCCAAUGCUGGAACCAAUUAUGGAAGAAACAUCUGAAGAUGAAGAAAGCAUUCAAAAUAGUUGGUCACAAUUCGAAAACAAUAGUACAUGGAGUUCUGAGUCUGAAACUGGUUCUGUAAUUCGAAUCGAAUUAAAUAGAGAUACCGAUUCGAUAUCUGAACGUGAUUUCGCCUGCCCAGCCAAACGUCCCAGACGUGAUGAAUUCCUCAUUGGCGGCCUGCUCACGUGUCAACCAACUAUUCUAGACGAUAAUCAACUCCUACGAAAAUUCCAACGAAACGACCUCCUCAGCUCCGCAAUCGACAAAAUAAAUUCCAUCGAAACGAACUCACUCACAAAUUCUCUGAAUGGUGAAAGAAACAGUGGGGGCAGCAAUGGAGGAGGACACCGAAAACGCUUCGACGAUUUCUACUGCGACAUGGAUAGUCCAUCGUGCAAUUCUCUGAGUAGAUCUUCGUCGUUGAUUCAAUUUGAAAGCCUCGAAAGGCAACUCCUAAAUGAACAAGGUUUAUGUUCGUCACUGGGAAAUUCCUCCCCGUCGCUGCUCAGCUUUGAGGGUGGAUGCAUCGAAAGUGGCUCGGGAAGUGGUUCCAACUCUAACCGAGGCUCGACAGGUUGUCUGAAGAGAUACGAAAGCUCUGAUAGUCGAUUGCAUCAGACCUACUUCGAUUUGGACAAAAUCGAUUUCGGGACAAAUCUUCACUUUACCUCGACUGCGGCUAGCAAAAGUGACUCGGAGUCGUCGAGCGAUACAAGUGUGGCUUCACACAAGGUUUUAAGUGCUACAGGUGCAGCUCACGCCAGAGGCUUUCUGAAGGGUGGAAAAAGCUCUGCGGAGAACCUCAGUGAAGACAGCGGCUAUUGUGAGCAUAUUCACUCGGUUAUGCGGGCUAAAUCGAAAAGUAUUCCGAAUUUUGAAAAAUUCUGCGAAGAAGAUGAAUUUUACGAUCACCCAGUCGUGGUUGCUUCUGUGGCUAACACGAAAACACAUUCCAAAAUCCAAACAGAGGAUGCUCCCAAAAUAGCCACAGCCACAACGAAAGUGAAUAGCAACGGUAACGGGGCCGGAGGUACAUCGGCAAAGGAGCAACGAGAUGAUGAUGCCGAUGAUGAUGAUGAUGACGACGUUGCCAACGACGACGAGGAUGAGGAGCAUGGGGAACUAGUCGGCAACGACGACGAUGAAGACGAAGGAAGCAGCAGCAACGGCGGCGAUUGCUGGUAUAGUGGCGAUAAAAAUAGCCGCCGGUCACCGUCCUCUUCAUCGCCGAUUUCCUCCGACGAAUCAUCUUCGGCUGCUACCAACACAUCCAAAUCCACAUCGCCAUCGUCUUGCGCAUCUGCCUCGUCGUUCACAUGGCGGCCAGCAGUUUCAGUUGUAUCGCCGCCGUCGGCAAUGGCCACAAGCGAAGAGCGCACUAUGGCAGCACCACUACUACAUCGAUCUCCCAACCGAUCAUCCAGUUUGCCAGACAUUCGCGGCGAAGAAACAGCUGCUGUCGGUCAUCAUUAUCAUCAGCAGCAGCAACAGCAUCAGCAUUAUCAUCAUCAUAACCAGCUGCAGGAACAGGAGUCGUUCGAGCGGUCCAAUAGCACUGAGUGCGUUGCAAGUGUUCCAAAUGAUCUAGAUCGUAUCGAAGAUCACCAUCGUCCGAGUCAUCGUCAUCAUAAUCAUUCUCAUCGCCAGCGCAGAUCAGCGGCACAACGUCGCCAGCGUACAGCCCUAAGUGGUGCCUCGAGUUCGUCGGAUCUUGAUGAAGAUCAAUUGCCCCCAAGAUCGCCCUCGUUUUCAGCGUCGUCGUCGGGCUUUGUCGUUGUUCGCAGUAAUAGCUGGAAGCGUUCGCGUAACUCUAACGAGCGUCUAGAUCCAUCCGCGGCGGCGUUUCAAAGUGCUCGAUCACUCCAAUCGAUCGGUUCGGGCAGUAGCGGUGUGGGCUAUAUGAAUGCCAGCUACAGCAAUCUAACUUUACUCGAUUACUCCGGUCGUCCGCGUUCGAAUCGAAACAGUUUGUCUUUGGUCAGUGAAGAGUGCAAUUCGAAGAGGAACUCUCGUUGCGACAUGGCCACCGUGAUCAGUGAUCAAGAAACCGAGGAGUCCUCCGCCAAGGAAACCGAUGAAAUCCACCAUGUCCAAUUGACAAUCCGCAAGCCCCCACGAAGGACCAAUUCAAAAUCGUCGUCCAAGUCCAUCAACAAAACCUUCGACCAGGAUCCAACUUCUCUAACGACUAGCUAUGCCCAGAGUCUCGAGAAAUGCAACUUUGACCCCAAAGAACUGUCCACAAGUGAUCUGACACGAGUUCCUCCCAAACGCCGCUUCCAUGCAGCCAACAAAAAACAACGAGUAGGCAUAGUCUCAUCGACGCCUAACCUGAAUGCCUACAGCCAUGAGGAGACCGAUGACGACAUGUACGUGUCAUCGACUCACACGUCAAUGCAGCAACUGCCAACCACCGAAAAACGCAUGGGAAUCCUUCUGCCCGCCGGAUCGCGGGCAUCGUUUGGCAGCAAAGGUGUCAGUUUCUAUCCAGUCGUGUCCAAAUACACUUGGCAGGAGCAAAGCUCCGAGGAGUGCAACGACACCCUAGUGGCCCCAACUCCAUCAGAUCCAAACGACGAAAACGACAACGACGCCACUGUCACGGAAGAGAGUCAGCACCCUACCGAAGAGAACGAAUCCAAAGAGAAAGCAAGCGAAGAGAACACCAGCAACGAAGAGAAGCGAAACAUCGCAAAAACAUCGCACUCUGCCGACGAAGAUGAAGAGAAUGCCAUCAAAGAGAAAAUUACGAUCACUAUCAAUUCUGUUGUCGCUGCAGCUGCGAUGACAGCCACAAAUCCACCACCAAUAGCUGCGGCUUCAGCACCGGCUUCGGUUUCGGCUUUGCCUGCAAAUAACAUCAGUGUUAAAUCCGCUAUCGUCGAGCGAGGUAGUGACUGUUAUCGAUUGUCGUCUCUGAAUAAUGUUAAUUCGCAUCCGCCGCGUCUAAUUCUAUCUGCGUCGCAUAAAUUAUUGAGUGAGAAAUUAUUGAAUCCCCGACCGGCUACACCGGUUCCUCAUAUUCUAGUGCAACAGCCAAGUUGUUCGUCAGUGGACAGUGUCGUGACGCCAGUGUCAGUGUCAGCGUCAGCUCCGUCUCUGUCAAAAAUGUCAAAUUACCCAGUGAAGUGUUCGGCGGCUAGUGGCGAAUCGAAUUCGCUCAACAACAACAACGAACUCAUGAAAUCCAAAUUCAAAGCCGACGAAAAGCAUCCCCAGCACAAGGGAUUCUUGUCUCGUUUUGCCAAUGGUUUUCGGUUCUCCCUGCGUCGCAACAAGAAGAAGCAGCAACAACAACAAAAGGAUGCUCUGGCUGCUCAGGGUCAACUGCCACCGAUUGCCCCUCCAUCAUCGAAGAAAUCGGUUCCGGCCCAUCAGAAACAACCCAACUCACCGGACUUUAUCUACAUCCCUCUGAAGGGACCAGUCCAGCAUCCUGGAUCAGCCGCUGCAGCUAAGUCAAAUGGAACACCCUGCAACAACAAUGGAAGGGCCCCAUCGUCGCCAUCGCCUUCCAACACCAGCAGCAGUAACAGUUGUAGUAACCACGUGUUGAAUUCAAAUAACAACAAACAAACAUCGUCGUCGUCGUCGGCGGUGGCUCCGUUCCAGAAGCCACCCCGUGUUGUAGGGGUAUGCGAGAAGCGCGCAAGGCAACAUGCGCUACAAAACGCUGCUCCACAAUCGAUUGACGAGGCAUUCUUGGACAAUGAACGUAGCUACUACGAUUUCAAAAAUCAGUUGAACGGUGUUACGAACGGUUACGGUUGUAAUACGCAGCAAAACGGUCCAACAUCAGCUAUGAAUAACAGUAGCAGUCAUCAUAUGGGAGCUGCUGUGGUGCCACCAAGUGGUGGUGGUGGCGCUGUUGGUGGAGGCUUAUACCACUAUCAGAUUCCUCCGCAGCAACAACAACAAUUGAAUCAUUGCAAAAUCGGUUUGAUUGAGACAAAUCUCGAUACGCACGAGACGAAAAUUUCGGGCAAGACUCGCAGUCUCAUGGAAUUGGGACCCCAAGUAAAAUAUAAUUUCUCAUCGAAGAGGAAUACUUCGACUUCGUCGUCGGGUGGAGGCGGCGGUGUUGGCGGUGUCAGUGGAUUUGGGGAUGUGGAUUUAGAUGGGGAUGCAGAUGAUGAUGACGAUGGAAUGAUGAUGGGUGAAGAUAGUGGGGUUGGUAAUAAGAAAUCGGGGGGAGUGAUAAGUGGCGGCGGACAUGGAGCCGUGGUAGCAGCAAGGAGACCACACAAGAGUAUGGAAUUUUUAUUGGAUAAAGAGAAUCAGAAAAAUGUUUUGCCACCUGAAAAUGAACUCCAAAAAUCUCACGACAAUACAACACGUCUUAGUGAACAUCAACUCCGAGUACAAGCUUCCCUGCAACGUCUCAAUAUACCCGAUUGGUUCCGUCAAUAUAAUCUAAGUUCACCCAAAUCUCCAUCAGAUGUCAAUAAAUCAAUUGGCAUAAAUAGUAAUUUCAGUCGAAAACGUGCUUCAGAUUCUGGCAGAUGGACAGGCUUAAAUUCCAAGACAACGUCACUUAGUUCAUUGGGCUCACAACGAUCUGAUCGUAGUCCAUUGUUAUUAAGUCCAUCAGCGCACAGUCAUCAUGGCGGACAGACAACAUUGAGUAGUGUUGUAAAUUCAACAUCGGCUGGUGGUAAUUUUAGUGGGGGAUCAUUAAGAUGGUCAACAUCAAUAUUAAACUCGACACAAACUUCACCGAGUGUAUCGACGCGGGGCUCGUUUUCACGCGGUGGACCGAUAAAUUCAAGUUUCAUAUCGGCGACUAGUAGUGCGGGGGCAACGAGGAGUUCAUUUAGGCAACCGUAUUUAGGUUGGAGAAGUCAAGAAAAGCUGUCACAGCCUAGAACUCCGCAUGAAAGGCUGGCAUCAUCGUUACUAGCACAGAGGUCGCAAAAACCAGAACAACCUGUUACACCGGAAAUCCAGACGUCCAUUAAAGAAGUCACAUCGGCCAUCGUUCAUUAUGUUAACGAUCAAACGAAUCGAACAAAUCAAAGAAGUCGAUCGGCGAGUCCCAACUCAAGAAAAUGCUGGCUUGAAUCCUCCUUUGUUGGUAUCCGACCUGUCGAAUCCCCACAAACUCCAAUUAUUGAAAAUUCAACAUUUAGCAACGCAUCAACUGCUGUAUUAAAUAAUAGUUUUCACAAUAAUACAACAUCAGCAACAUCAUCAAUUCACUCUAGUAUUGGUAUAAAUAAUGUUACAACUGAUGGUGGUUUAAGAAUUAAUGGAGUUGGUGCGCCAGAACGUACGAUGAGCUCAGCAUCGCUAGAAGAUGUAUUAGCCUCGCUUUUGGGAUUACCAACGACGCAGGUGCCGGCCACCAAUGAAACAUUCAGGUCCACAGGCGAUUCAGCUAGUGAGGCUGCCCAUCAUCCAACACGCAUGACAACAUCCGCUUCGCCAAGCAGCUUACAAGUAGUCGAUCAACAAGCCCGCUUCCGUCGUCGCAGUGAGGGAGACGCUCAGCGUCAGAAGGAACAGCAACAGCAACAAUUGCUAAAGCAGCAGCAGAAAGAUUUGGAAUUAUCUAAGAACGCCAACGCAAGCGCUAACAAUACCCAAACAGCAUCGAUAGCAUCCUCGUCCAACAACUGCCAUCCAGAACCACCCCGCAGAAUCAGUCUGGACUCCACCGAGUCGAAAACCACGUCCGAGUUGCAGAUUAAAUGUCGCAACACGAAAUGCGACCAGGCCGCUACUCCGGUCGAUGCCAAAAAGUUCUACAAGAGCUGCCACAACUGCUCACAUCUCUAUUGCUCCCGCGAGUGCCGUCGCAUCGCCUGGGAGAAGCAUCGCAAGGCUUGUCUGCAUUCGCGAGCGUCCAACCUGUGUCGGCAGGUUCUGUCCACCUGCAAAGAUGACAUCGACACUCAGCGACAUCUUAGCCUCCUCGCUCGCAAAGGCUACCUCUCUCAAGGCCGUGGUGUAGUCCGGGCCCUCUUCCGCAGCGCUGAAUCGGCCGAAGGCUUCAUCAAAAAUGGCUUCCAGUGCAUGGGAGAAGCGUCAUACGUGCGUUGGCCUGAUCUAAUGCCUGCCGAGAUGGGAUUGGAAUUGUAUUCGGAACUCCUCAAGCUCAGCACCGAAUACAAGCCCGACUCAAAGAUGCUUAUAUACGUGGCGAUUUGUGUGGUUUCCGAAGCCCCAGGCAAUGCGACAGCAACUGUUAAAUGGGAGCGUCAACUGGUGUCACGUUGUGCCAAAUUAAAAUUGUGUAAGUCCAUCCUAACGGACUUGGAGAAUUCCCAGCAACAGAUCGUUAUGGUCCCCGAACCCGCAACCGAAAUACUUAUUCUGACAUUUAAUCCUGCCAAGUGUACCAAUCCAACUAAACGCGGGGUCAUCCUAACGAAUAUUCUGACAAUUCUGAGUCGACGCGGUGUCCUUCUCAAGAAACACUAUCCUGAAAUUCAUCUGCGACUCCAGACUUACGCCGAUGGACAAACAGAUCGUUUCAAUGCUGUAACCUUGCACCCUCGGGACUCACAAACUGGACAGAGUUUCGUUUGUAUUAUAAUGCCAUUGCAAAGCGAUGGGGAAAUCAUCAAGAUGCCAUGCUCGGAUAGUGGCAAUAAGGUCUCUACAAUUGAUGUGGGAGAGGAACUAAUGGAGAGUUGAUUAAACUUGUAAGGUGCUUUUUCCGCGCAUCGCAAAAAUAUACAAAAAAAGCACCUAACUCAACAUACAACAGCUUAUAUAAAUAUACAUAGAUAUCUUCUUCGAUAUUCUUUAAGAAAAAUAAUGUUAUGUAACUUCAGAUUAGAAAAUAAGACUUUUGCAUUUGUUAGUCGUGUGUCUUCCAUGAUGCAUUCAGGCAUUUUAGUUUUUUGACAUCUGUCAAAAUCUGUCCCAAAAUACUUAUGUCAAAGAGAUUUCAUUAGGUAAUUUGGAUAUUUUCUUUGUUUCGUAAAAGAAUAUUUAUUUUCGGUCGGAAUCAGAAUCAUACGCUAAUAAUCGCCCACAUCCUAAAAUUUUAUUUAGCCUUAAAUUGGCCACAAUGCCCAAUAAGUUAAAAAAAAUUGAAAACCCAAACAGAAUGUCGUUACGCCCAAAUAAAUUUUAAAUAAAAGAACGCCCAAAAUGUUAGUUGUCAUUUUGCCCAAAAGAAUUUUUAUGGUCUCAAAUUUUGACAUCUGUUUUGGGCAUUGCUACGAUAAUGAUUUCUAUCGUUUCUUAUGUCUAAUCAUAUGUCGUUGGAUAUAACCCAAAUCAUAAAAUGACAUAAAGCCUAAAAAGAGAAACGUCGCUCUUAACAAAUAUCAUUAAGAACACCUCACAAAGCCAAAAUGACAUAUCACCCAAGUCAACUUUCAAUAUCGUAGAGCCCAAAUUGAGAAAUGUCAUAACGACAAAAAUUUUGUAUUUACAUAUAUUAGUUGCUGGCUCUGUGACGCUUAUAAGCAGUGAGUGUGUUAAAACUCAUGACAUCCAUCUUUCAGUAAGUAAUUUAGGUGUUAUAUUUUGAAAUUCAUUUGAGCAAUAUGACAUUGAUUUUGAAAAAGUUUUGGGCGGUAGAGCCAUUUUUCUGCGAUAUGACAUUUUUAAUAUUUUGGCGUUAUUCUAUUGGGCAAUAAGACCGAACGCUUCUUUUUAUUUGAAAUGUCAGGAAACCCACACAAGUUUUAACCCCCAAGAGUUCAGUAAUACCGCCCAAAUCGCACAACAACAAAAACUUAAUACAAUUAUUUUGGGAGCUAUGACAUUUUUAAUUUGGGUGAUAUGAUUUUGAGCGAAAUUACGAAACACGUCCAUAAAUAGCAAACUAAUGUUAUAUUCCUUUAUUUACAAACUACAAAUCCUUCACUUUGAUGAAUCUGACAUUUAAUUUAUUAUAGCGGAUUUUGAUUAUUAUGGCUGAAUCACAAACUCGCUUCAGCUUCGGCUUCACCUGACGUUUACGAGUUCAGCCAUAGGAAUUCAAUGCAUGCUAUCACAAUGGAGCUUCGACCUCACGUUUCGUUUGACAAUCGUAAGAAAAAGAACGUAAUGUAACGUAAUGUGACUCCAAACGGAAGCUAUAGUGCAAUUAUCUGAACAUUUGCUUUGUCUGACAACUCAACAGCUAUACAAAAAUGUCAACAAACAAAAUAUUUGCUCUUUGGAGGGAUGAAAUAAUAUAAAUGUCAUUCAAAGCAACCUCGACGCAGGUCCACCGUAACGCAGACGAAGCCGAAGCUGAAGCGUGUUUGUGAUUCAGCCAUUAACAAUUCAAGCUAAUGGCAGUUGCACUAACGUUAAAUGAAUAAAUUAAGCAAACCUCAUAUAAACGAAGUUUGCCCUUUUUAACUGUUGCCCUUAGAUGCAAAAUAUCAUGAUAAGGCCUCUUGGGAGAGCAUUUAGCAUUAUAUGAUUUCCGUAACAUAAAACACACAUGAUUAAGAGCAUUUAUGAAACUUAAGAAAAUUUGACGAAAGUCAAAUCCAUUUAUGUCAAAAUGACAGCUUAUCUUGUUUUUACUUAUUUUAACUUUAUUACUCUGCAAUUUAUUUAUCUUCAGCUGGAAAAUUCCAUUUAAUGUUUUUUGUAAAAGGCUUAAAUGUCAAAUUGGAAAAGGAAUAAAUAAUAUUUCUCUAUAAUACACCAUACAAGUCUUGAUGGAUUUGUAGCUUGCCUAAGGAGUGAUUUGUAGACAAUAAUGUUUUUUUGGAAGUUUUUGCAUGAUCAACUGAAGAUAAAUGUUAGUAAGGAAAUUUUUAAGUUUUAAAUGUAUGACACUUAAAAAACUAAUUAGUUGCCUUAGUCAAAAUGUAUGUUCAAAGAAUGUAGCCUACAAAUGAAGUCCCUUUUGUUGUCUGAAAAUACCAAAUGUCUACAGGCGGUUUCCUUUUAAACGAAAAACUUAUUUUCUCAAAACUUGGCUGUCAUUUCAAAAAUGUAAUACCUUGAUUUCUAACCGCAAGAAUGUAUAACAUCUCUAAAGACUAACUUUUAUCAUUUUUUUUAUCGAAACAAAAAUUAUCCAUAAACUUAACGAAACAUCAUCUGAACAUAAUUCAACAAUGGCUGAUUCCUCUAUAGCAUCACCUUAUGUAGUAAAAUGUAAAAUAAUAAUAACUGGCUAAAAAUAGUAAGUUCAUUUUAGAAAUAUAUCAUUUUUCCGUAUAUUGACAAAGUAUUUAAAAUUUCGACUUUAAUAUUGUAUUAAAAUUCCCUCGAAAAUAAAGCCCAAUUAAGUAAAAUAAGAACUCAAGUAUUAAAUACCAUCAAAGUAUAUGAACUGUUCCUUUCAUCUUAUUUACUUCUUUACAAAUAAAAAAUCCACUUAAAAUAUAAAUAACAUUUUUAGAAUUAGUUAUUAUCUUAAAGAAUAUCGAUAAAAUAAAAAU